GUGAACUCUGACCUCGGCUUUCCGUAGCGUCCCGCGUCGGCCGCCCCCUCCCCCGGAGAGAAGGAGGCGGAUUUUGGCCUCUUGCCCUAGGGAGCGAGUGCGGAGGGAGUGGGAGCGAGACAGCCCUGAGUGGAAGUGUCUGGAUACUCGGAGAAGCCCUGCUGUACGCCCGGCCGCCCAUGAGCUCGUUCUCCAGCGAGUAGCGCCGUCGUUAGGCCGGCCCCGUCGCCUCUGCUUCCCCCGGGACAGGCCCACGCCUCGCCAGGGAGGAGGCAGCCUGUCGAGGCGCCUCCCUAGUCAGCGUCGGCGUCGCGCUGCGACCCUGGAAGCGGGAGCCGCCGCGAGCGAGAGGAGGAGCUCCAGCAGCUGCGGCAGCAGCGGGCAACAGCUCCAGCAGCGCCAGCGGGCGGGAUCGAGGCCGUCAACAUGGCGAGCGCCUCGUACCACAUUUCCAAUUUGCUGGAAAAAAUGACAUCCAGCGACAAGGACUUUAGGUUUAUGGCCACAAAUGAUUUGAUGACAGAACUACAGAAAGAUUCCAUCAAGUUGGAUGAUGAUAGUGAAAGGAAAGUAGUGAAAAUGAUUUUGAAGUUACUGGAAGAUAAAAAUGGAGAGGUACAGAAUUUAGCUGUCAAAUGCUGGGUUAAAAGGCCUGCUUGCCUCUUUAUCUGCUCUGCAUUGGCUGCUAAUGUAUGUAAAAAGAUUACUGGACGUCUUACCAGUGCAAUAGCAAAACAGGAAGAUGUCUCUGUUCAGCUAGAAGCCUUGGAUAUUAUGGCUGAUAUGUUGAGCAGGCAAGGAGGACUUCUUGUUAAUUUCCAUCCUUCAAUUCUGACCUGUCUGCUCCCUCAGUUGACCAGUCCUAGACUUGCAGUGAGGAAAAGAACCAUUAUUGCUCUUGGCCAUCUGGUUAUGAGCUGUGGAAAUAUAGUUUUUGUAGAUCUUAUUGAACAUCUGUUGUCAGAGUUGUCCAAAAAUGAUUCCAUGUCAACAACAAGAACCUACAUACAAUGCAUUGCUGCUAUUAGUAGGCAAGCUGGUCCUGUUUACAUUAAAACUUCCCCUUUAGGGAGUGAUGAUGAAUACAGUGAUGAUGAUGACAUGAGUUGGAAAGUGAGACGUGCAGCAGCUAAGUGCUUGGAUGCUGUAGUUAGCACAAGACAUGAAAUGCUUCCAGAAUUCUACAAGACCGUCUCUCCUGCACUGAUAUCCAGAUUUAAAGAGCGCGAAGAGAAUGUAAAGGCAGAUGUUUUUCAUGCAUACCUUUCUCUUUUGAAGCAAACUCGCCCUGUGCAAAGUUGGCUAUGUGACCCUGAUGCAAUGGAACAGGGAGAAACACCCUUAACAAUGCUUCAGAGUCAGGUUCCCAACAUCGUUAAAGCUCUGCACAAACAGAUGAAAGAGAAAAGUGUGAAGACUCGACAGUGUUGUUUUAACAUGUUAACUGAACUGGUAAAUGUAUUACCGGGGGCCCUCACACAGCACAUUCCUGUACUCGUACCAGGAAUCAUUUUCUCACUGAAUGAUAAAUCAAGCUCAUCAAAUUUGAAGAUCGAUGCUUUGUCAUGUCUGUAUGUAAUCCUCUGUAACCACUCUCCUCAAGUCUUCCAUCCUCAUGUUCAGGCUUUGGUUCCUCCAGUGGUGGCUUGCGUUGGAGAUCCAUUUUACAAGAUUACAUCUGAAGCACUUCUUGUUACUCAGCAGCUUGUCAAAGUAAUUCGUCCUUUAGAUCAGCCUUCCUCAUUUGAUGCAACUCCUUACAUUAAAGAUCUCUUUGCCUGUACCAUCAAGAGAUUAAAAGCAGCUGACAUUGAUCAGGAAGUCAAGGAAAGGGCUAUUUCCUGUAUGGGACAGAUUAUUUGCAACCUCGGAGACAAUUUGGGUUCUGACUUGCCUAAUACUCUUCAGAUUUUCUUGGAGAGACUAAAGAAUGAAAUUACCCGGUUAACUACAGUAAAGGCAUUGACACUGAUUGCUGGGUCGCCUUUGAAGAUAGAUUUGAGGCCUGUCCUGGGAGAAGGGGUUCCUAUUCUUGCUUCAUUUCUCAGGAAAAACCAGAGAGCUUUGAAACUGGGUACUCUUUCUGCCCUAGAUAUUCUAAUAAAAAACUAUAGUGACAGCUUGACAGCUGCUAUGAUUGAUGCAGUUCUAGAUGAGCUCCCACCUCUUAUCAGCGAAAGUGAUAUGCAUGUCUCGCAGAUGGCUAUCAGUUUUCUUACUACCCUGGCGAAAGUGUAUCCCUCCUCCCUUUCCAAGAUAAGUGGAUCCAUUCUCAAUGAACUUAUUGGACUUGUGAGAUCACCCUUAUUGCAGGGGGGAGCUCUUAGUGCCAUGCUAGACUUUUUCCAAGCUCUGGUUGUCACUGGAACAAAUAACCUAGGAUACAUGGAUUUGCUGCGCAUGCUGACUGGUCCAGUUUACUCUCAGAACACGGCUCUUACUCAUAAGCAGUCUUACUAUUCCAUUGCCAAAUGUGUAGCUGCCCUUACUCGAGCAUGCCCUAAAGAGGGACCUGCUGUAGUAGGUCAGUUUAUUCAAGAUGUCAAGAACUCAAGGUCUACAGAUUCCAUUCGUCUCUUAGCUCUACUUUCUCUUGGAGAAGUGGGGCAUCAUAUUGAUUUAAGUGGGCAGUUGGAACUAAAAUCUGUAAUAUUAGAAGCAUUUUCAUCUCCUAGUGAAGAAGUCAAAUCAGCUGCAUCCUAUGCAUUAGGCAGCAUCAGUGUGGGCAACCUUCCUGAAUAUCUGCCAUUUGUCUUACAAGAAAUAACCAGUCAGCCCAAAAGGCAGUAUCUUCUGCUUCAUUCCUUGAAGGAAAUUAUUAGCUCUGCAUCAGUUGUGGGCCUUAAACCAUAUGUUGAAAACAUCUGGGCCUUAUUACUAAAGCACUGUGAAUGUGCAGAGGAAGGAACCAGAAAUGUUGUUGCUGAAUGUCUAGGAAAACUCACUCUAAUUGAUCCAGAAACUCUCCUUCCACGGCUUAAGGGGUACUUGAUAUCAGGCUCAUCAUAUGCCCGAAGUUCAGUGGUUACAGCUGUGAAGUUUACUAUUUCUGACCAUCCACAACCUAUUGAUCCACUAUUAAAGAACUGCAUAGGUAAAGUUGGUAGUAGCCAAAAACACUUAGAAUUCAGUUUGGUAGAAAUGGGUCCAUUUAAACAUACAGUUGAUGAUGGUCUGGAUAUUAGAAAGGCAGCUUUUGAGUGUAUGUACACACUUCUAGAUAGUUGUCUUGAUAGACUAGAUAUCUUUGAAUUUCUAAAUCAUGUUGAAGAUGGUUUGAAGGACCAUUAUGAUAUUAAGAUGCUAACAUUUUUAAUGUUAGUGAGACUCUCUACCCUUUGUCCAAGUGCAGUACUGCAGAGGUUGGACCGACUUGUUGAGCCAUUACGUGCCACAUGUACGACUAAGGUUAAGGCAAACUCAGUAAAGCAAGAAUUUGAAAAGCAAGAUGAAUUAAAGCGAUCUGCUAUGAGGGCAGUAGCAGCACUGCUAACCAUUCCAGAAGCAGAGAAGAGUCCACUGAUGAGUGAAUUCCAAUCACAAAUCAGUUCUAACCCUGAGCUGGCGGCCAUCUUUGAAAGUAUCCAGAAAGAUUCAUCAUCCACUAACUUGGAAUCCAUGGACACUAGUUAGAUGUUUAUUCAACAUGGGGACCGUUCAACAUAUGACCAUACAAUGCACUGAAUUGACAGGUUAAUCAUAAGACAUGGAAAGAGAAGUGUCUAAAGCUUCAAAAUGUUCCACUUUUUUUUCCCUUCAUGGAGACAAUUUGUUUGGCUUUCUUCCAUUGUUUUUGUAGUGUUUAUUUCAGAAUAUGUAUUUCCAUAAUCCAGAGGUUGUAAAACCACUAAUGUUUUAGUGGUUAGGGCAACAAUUAAAAUGUAAACUAAAAGUUAAGAUUUAUGGAGUAUGGAGAUAGGGUCCAGUAUCUAUUUACCCUGUAAUGUUUAGGAUUAAAAUGUUAAAAUUUUGUGACCAUGAAUUUCUUUCUUUUAUAAAUUUUCUCAUUUAAACAUCAAAAAUUCUGCAAGACAAAAA